AUUUCUUCUCUUUCUCUCUCCUUUUUUCUUCCUCUUUCUCUCUCUCUCUCUCUCUCUCUCUCUCUCAAUCUUCAAUCUCUGCAACUACUCCUCCCCUCCAAACAAUUGAUCAAGCCCAAGCCGAAGAAAACCUCAGAAAUUUUUUCACCUGAAAGAUAGUUCUAAACUUUUUUUCCUGGAUCAGUCAAACUACACAUCUCUUGUUCAACCUCUGCUUCAAAUAAAUAUAUAUAUAAAGACCUAAUCCUUUCGUGGAUAUAUACUUAUUGUUAUAAAACAGAAACACAGUAGGACGAGAACAGCCAAGAAGGAAGCAAAAAGGGAGUGAUCAGGAACAUAAGCAGAGGGGACUUAAAAGUGUUUAAGAUGGAGUUAUUCCCGGCACAACCAGAUUUAUCCUUGCAAAUCAGCCCACCAAACAGCAAACCCACAUCGACAUGGAGGAGGACGGAAGAGGAUAUGGAUUUGGGUUUCUGGAAGAGAGCUCUCGACUCAAGAAACUCCAUGUCUUCAAUGGCAAAACCUGACAACUGCUUCGAGCUAUCUUUGUCGAAUCCAAGGGUUUCAGAGUCCAACUCCAACCACUUACACCUUCUCCAAAACGGUAGCGCCAAUUGCAAUGGUAAUCUUUUCCACGCUUUUCACCAAAACCAGUUUCCACACCAUCACAACCAGCUGCAGCAUCCGGUACUGUAUCAACAUCAGCAGCAACAACAACAACAACAACAAGGGCUAGGACAAGAGCUUGGUUUCUUGAGACCCAUACGGGGAAUUCCCGUCUACCAAAACCCUCCUCCUCCUCCUUUCCCAUUUGCUCAACAGCCUUUAGAUUCAUCUUUAACUUCCUCUCCUUCUUCAUUGGCUAGUAACCAUACUAGUAACACAACAAGCUUGAGCCCAUUUCAGUCUCCAGGGUUGAUAAGAUCAAGAUUCAUGUCAAGGUUUCCAGCUAAAAGAAGCAUGAGAGCUCCAAGGAUGCGGUGGACUACUACACUUCAUGCUCGCUUUGUUCAUGCUGUUGAGUUAUUGGGAGGUCAUGAAAGAGCUACACCCAAGUCAGUGCUUGAGCUAAUGGAUGUCAAAGAUCUUACCUUAGCACAUGUUAAAUCCCAUUUACAGAUGUACCGAACGGUGAAGACCACGGACAGAGCAGCUGCACCUUCUGCAGGACAAUCGGAUGCAUUUGAAAACGGAUCAUCUGGGGAUACUUCUGAAGAUUUGGUGUUCAACAUUCAAAACCCAAGAAGAUCAGAGAUCUCAGUUCAGCAGGGAAGAUCAUCAUCGUCAAAUGCUUAUCAAGACAAGGAGUACCAUGGGCUCUGGAGCAAUUCAUCAAGGGAAGCUUGGCUGCAUGGGAAACCAAAGGAUUCUAAUGGAAACUUACCGUCUCUCCAGAAGGAUAUGGAUCCAAAGUGUUUAAGCUAUGAGAGAAUAUCAGACGUAAGCUCAUCAAGCCAUUCAGCGACAAGCCCCAAGAAGCCUAAUUUGGAAUUCACCUUGGGGGUGCCACAUUGAUAUAAAAAUUACAUAUAAUAUUUCAUAUCGAUCUUUGGGUGUUUGUACUACUCAUUUUGAAAUGAUUAUAUCUUCUGAAAGAGAAUCAGGUACCCGCUCAGAAAAAAUCAGAAGAAAAAAAAGAAAAAAAAAAGAAAAAAAAAAGGAAAAGAAAAGAAAAAGAGAGCUAAAGAAAGAAAGCAACAAAAGGAGAGAAGGGUGUGAAAAAAAAGCACACGUCCUUCCUAUCAAGCCUGUGAGAGAUCCAAAUCAACAUAUUAUAUUCCUACGUACGUAAAUAUGAAAUCUAAUUGAUUUUGUAUGUUUUGCGCUCAGAGACAGAGAGAGAAGCAAAAGAAAGAGAGAAAAAAAGACAGUGAGUGACCUUUAACUAUCUUAAAGUAUGAAGUGAUCCUUGGUAAUUGUAAUGGACCACUUUUCAUUUAUAAAAUAUUUUUAGCAUAUUUUUACCAAAGGUUGAGUUUGGGGUUUCUAUUCUCUCCAAUUCUUUUCAUAUGCAUUGUCACAUGCUUUACACUUUGUGAACA